ACUGUGCAGCGUGUCGUUUCGCUCGUUGCCUGGCGCGUCUUCGACGAUCCCCCUUCGAUCGCGGCCCCGUGCGCUUCGGCGAGCGAGCGAUCGAUCGAUCUCUCGCGCGGGUACGUCACGCGUUGAAGUUCGACGAACGGCGCCGGUCGGUCAGCUGUGGGGAAUCCGGAGCGCGCGCCCUCGGCAGCGCGAGACACGUGACCGACUGUGUGCGCGGCGGCGGCGGAAGUUUCCGUGUGUCCCACUCGCGGUGGCGCGAGAGGGAGAGAAAGAGAGUGAGAAGAAGGGAAAGAGAAAGACGCGCGCGCGCUCUCGGGCCGGCCGCCCGAUCAGGUGACGAGUCCGUCGCGGGGUGCGACCUCCCUCCCCGUGGUCGCCGAAGGAACUGGAGUAGUCGGCGUUCGGCAUCCGCGCGGUCCGCUCCUACGCGCGCGCGCGCGUCGCGAGCUUUGUUACGAGGCGAAGAGUGAGAGAGGGACACACACACGUGUCGGAUUCGCGAUAAGCGUUCUCGUUAUCAAUCGUCGAUCGAACCGAAGUGAUCGCGACAGGUGAGGCGACUUUCGGUUAUCGAACGGAAGGAAAGAACGCUCCGUCUCUACUUGGCCGUCCGUCUAUCUGGUUGUGCGUGUGGGUGCGCGCGCUCGUGUGGAGAGGGAGAGUGAAGAGCAACAGCGACUCGAGUGAGUCGGUCGCGGUGCACCGCGAGUUAUUCCGACGCGAGAGUGCCAUCCGACACUGAGACUGUGCAGCGGGGAGACGGAGAUCGCUAAAAUUGGAUACCUUCGCUGCGCGGCUGACCGCGCGCUCGUGCCGAACCGGACGAUGCGCCUCGGCGUGAGAUCGCUUCGUGGACGAUAACGAAGGAACCUGUUGACUACCCCCUCCCCCCGAAGACUUCUCGUCGUUCGCGUUAUUUAUUCUUGCCGUAACCGAAGAGAAAACGGAGCGGCGUCUCCUGGGGGUGCUGGAGAUGGCGGCCACCGAGAGCACGAUCCGAUUUAGCGGCCACACGUUGGACAAGGCGACCAAGGCCAAGGUAACGCUGGAGAACUAUUACAGCAACCUGAUAGCGCAGCACAUCGAGCGGAAGCAGAGGCUGGCGAAGCUCGAGGAGUCCCUGAAGGACGAGGGCCUGUCGGAGCAGCAGAAACAGGAGAAGAGGCUGCAGCAUGCCCAGAAGGAGACCGAGUUCCUCCGGCUGAAGCGGUCGAGGCUCGGCGUCGAGGAUUUCGAGCCUCUCAAGGUCAUCGGCAGGGGUGCCUUUGGCGAGGUGAGACUCGUGCAGAAGAAGGACACCGGACACGUGUACGCGAUGAAGAUCCUUAGAAAGGCCGACAUGCUCGAGAAGGAGCAGGUCGCGCACGUCAGAGCGGAGAGAGACGUCCUCGUGGAAGCGGACCACCAGUGGGUCGUGAAGAUGUACUACAGUUUCCAGGAUCCUAUAAAUCUCUAUCUAAUAAUGGAGUUCCUUCCCGGCGGUGACAUGAUGACGCUGCUCAUGAAGAAGGAUACGCUUUCCGAGGAGUGCACGCAAUUUUAUAUUUCCGAAACGGCGUUAGCGAUCGACUCCAUACACAAGUUAGGUUUUAUUCAUAGAGACAUCAAGCCGGACAACCUGUUGCUGGACGCACGGGGCCACAUAAAACUCUCUGACUUCGGGCUGUGCACCGGUCUGAAGAAAUCGCACAGGACCGACUUCUACAGAGACCUGAGCCAAGCGAAGCCUUCCGAUUUCAUGACAUCAUGCGGGAGUGGAAGCGGCGGCGCGAUGGACAGCAAAAGAAGAGCCGAGAGCUGGAAGAGGAACAGGAGAGCGCUGGCGUACAGCACGGUCGGCACUCCGGACUACAUCGCGCCGGAAGUGUUCCUGCAGACGGGCUACGGGCCGGCUUGCGACUGCUGGUCUUUGGGAGUCAUCAUGUACGAGAUGCUCAUAGGAUACCCGCCGUUCUGCAGCGAAAAUCCGCAGGAGACGUAUAGAAAAGUAAUGAACUGGCGGGAGACGCUGGUCUUUCCGCCGGAAGUGCCCAUCAGCGAAGAGGCUAAAGACGCGAUUAUCAGAUUCUGCUGCGAAGCCGACAGAAGAUUAGGGUCGCAAAGAGGCAUCGAGGAGCUCAAGUUGGCGCCUUUCUUCCGCGGUGUCGACUGGGAGCACAUCAGGGAGCGGCCGGCCGCGAUACCGGUCGAGGUGCGGUCCAUCGACGACACGUCCAACUUUGACGAAUUUCCAGACGUGAAGCUGGAGAUACCGUCCGCGCCGAUGCCCCAGGACGGCGAGGUAAUAUACAAGGACUGGGUAUUCAUCAAUUACACCUUCAAACGCUUCGAGGGUCUCACGCAACGGGGCACACCGACCAAGAAAUAGCAACCCCUCACCUCCUGCUCGAUCAGCAGCGCCGCCGCCGGCGCUAAUCAGCCGGCUGCUGACGUGAUCGAAAUUCCGGCCUUGGUACAUCACCCUCAUCAUCCGGCGCCGCCGCCGUCGUCGUCCCUGACGUCGGCGACGGCGACGUCGCGGACGGCGGACGGCUGACCUGUCCGCGGCCACGCGUCACUCUUGUUUGUAUAUACGUGAUGAGCACGGGUUGUCGUGUGUGAGUAAAAGCGCGCGCGGCGUUGUCACGAUUCGCGACGAGCGCGUAUCGCGGCUCGAACAGCUCGGCCAGCCGGCUGUCCAGGCAGGCGGGAACGAUACGGGAGAGAGCCUAGUGAUAAAGGUGCACAAUAGCCACAAGUGUCGCAUGCCUUGGACACGCGCGUGUCGGUAACGGGCGGCGGUGCGCGUCGUCGUCGACGACGACGGGUCUCUCUCGUUGCGCGACUCGCGCGGUGAUACUCGACCUCUCGUCGUGGGGGGGAGGGNGGGGGGGGGGGAGUGUUUUCUUAUCGUUCUCCUUGGCUUUCGUUGCACCGCGUGCCGAGGAGGCCGUAUGUUGUGAGAAAAAAGGGAAAAAAAAUUCGAAGUUCGAAGCGUAGCAUAAUAAGCUCUCUGUGGUAAUGGUAUUAAACGAAAACAAGAAAAAAAAAAGAGACGAUCGGGAGGGAGCCUCGGUCCCGUGUGUGGUCCUCUCGCACGCUCGCACGCACUUCUUAUUUAUCCGACGCGACGCGCGUAAAGAGUGGUAGUGUGUCCUCCCUGUUUUUCUUUCGAAUUUUUCGCAAAACUCGGCAGGCUGAAAGGUUGCCAACAACACACCUCCUCCUCGACGAGUCUCGCAACGCGUCUCUCGUGUUCUCAAUGAGAAAACGCAUCCUCUGAGGAUUGCUGAGAAAUAAACUGGUCCUUUCGGAUAUGCGGGAUGCGUUGCGAGGCUCGUUGAAGAAAAAGUGGUAUCGCGACACCUUUGAUCCGCCGACCGUUCGUUUGUCCGCUAAGUAAUGCUCGGCUAAGCUCUCGAGCCCAAGCUCUCUCACUCACUCUCUUUCUUUCUUUCUUUCUUUCUUUUUUUCUUUCUUUCUCUCUCUCUCUCUCUCUUUCUUUCUGUUUCUCUUUCUCUCUUUUUCUGUUUCGAGAACAUUGUAUUUAUAUGAUCCAGCUCUGUGAUACGAAGUUGUUGGUAAAAUCCGUGUGAUAGUCGGAGCGGCGGAUACCUUUUCGUCCGUUAGAGCGGAUGCUGAUGAUUUUAUUGAUGUUGUAAUGUGUACAUAUAUAUACGCGCUCAAUCGGAUGUCUUUUGAUUCGAUUUCCGGAAAAUCUAAUGUGAUUGUUGGCGACGUUCGGACGAGGAUCGGACUUUUAUAUUACGUAUUUUCGCGCUGCUUUAUUGCGAGAGCUUUGGCCCGUUGCGCGCGGAGAAUCAUGUUGGUUGUGCGAGUGGCAACGCGCGGUGCGCCUCUCUCAUUCGAAAUACCGAUACGUUUUACUCGUUUUAUUAUCAUUGCCAUUUUAACGUUAUGUCCACGGUCAACUCUUCGGCACNCUCUCUCUCUCUCUCUCUCUCUCUCUCUCUCUCUCUCUCUCUCUCUCUAUCGCCGUCUCUCUUUCUCUGUCUCUCUUUCUCUCCUAUAAGGCAAUAAGCAAACACUUAGCCGAAUGCACGAUAAAAAUGGACGCCAGGCUUUCGAAGUAUCGCGCGAAAAGGCGUCAAGAAGAGGGAGAAAGAAAGAAAAUACACUGUUAAGAUUCAGGGCUCCUUCGUUGCCUUAUUCAGGUUCCUAACAGAGACAGCCCAAACCAUACGUUCAAACGCAAACGAUAUGAGCCACGGGCGAGCCACUUUCCCGAAGGAACGACGAAGAAACGGCACUGUGUGUGUUGCGGCGACGUGCGCGCAACCGAUCGUUCUACGUGACACAAGUACACGAACAAAUACACACAUGCACACGCAUCAAACACGCCCGUGCGGUUUUAACGCCCCGUGGAACCGAAUACCUUUCCUUUCGAUCGCACUGUGAACGAUUUUACGAUUUGCAUUUCGUAGUCUUGCUGAUAGCCAGGGCACCUUGGUAAUAAUAGCGUAAUUACGAUAAAGACUAGGUAAAAACACUCUUAAGGUAACAAUGCAGAGUACAUACAUACACACGGAAGUACCUAUGCGAAUGAAAGAUAAAAAAGAAGAAGAUACACGCACGCGCGCGCGUUCGAAAACGUAAUCAAGUGGUAGAUAUUAUAUAGUGCUACGUGUGUGAAGGAACAAAAAAAACUCUCGACGCUCUUUCCUCGUAACGUUCCGGCGUGUCUCUCUCUCUCUCUCUCCCUCCCCCCUCACCCCAUCUCUUUCUCUCUGUCUCUAUCUCUCUACCUAAAAUCGUGAAAAAGAUAAUCGCACGCAAUUACGCCGCUGUACAUUCGACGAAGAGAAGAUUAGUUUCGUACAACUUCGCCUGCGGGAUAUGUAUCUUAACGCCGUUUACAGAGUAAAAGGUAAAAAAAAAAAAGGCAAGUCUCCACGAUAGUCUAACGAAGCUGAGAACGAAGCUGAGAGCUAGGUUAUUACGAUGUAUUACUACUACUAUUACCAGAGUUAAGCCAGUAAUUUAAACGAUGAGAGAAAAUAGAGGAGAAGAAGAAGAAGAAGAAGAAAUAGAAAACUACCCGCGAGGAGAGCUAGUAGAAAGGCGAGAACUAUUUUCUGCUAUUGCUAGGAAGUUCAAAUCUCUCGAAUCCGUGAGUUGUGACGUAAGCGGGGAAAGUAGGGAGUUACGGAAUAGAGAAGUCUCUUUAGUCUCCUGUCGCCGUUGAGUACAGAUGCUCUGUGACGUCCAUGCUAACUAAGUAAAGAAAAGAAAAAAAAAACGAAGUGAUCGCAAUUUAUUUAUUUAAAAGAGAAAGUCUAAGUAAAAAGAAGAAGAAAAAAAAAGAGAUACAACAAUAGCCACGAGAUGCCUUUGACGCAACAAGUUUCGGUGCCCUGGAACAGUGAAUAUACAUAUAAUAAAUAAAUAUAUAUAUACAUAAGUAUAUAUGUAAAAAAAAA